AUGUACAACAGUAACUUUGAUAUUUGGAUUGCCGGGGCGUUUUCUGCUGUGGUUGUUGAUUUCUUCGUCUACCCCUUCGACACCCUCAAAACACGUAUCCAGUCCCCAGAUUACGCGAAGCUCUACAAGGACGCCAGAACUGGAGCCGUGAAACGCAAUGUCCUCUUUCGAGGCUUGUAUCAGGGAGUGUGGAGUGUAGUGAUAUCAACGAUACCUUCUUCAGGAGCCUUCUUCACCACCUACGAAGCAGCAAAAUAUACUCUUAACAACGCAUCAGCGACAGUGCAAGCCGAACCGCAUAACUCAGAACCUAACCGUCUUCCAUUUACGCAUUCCCUUCCCAACCCGAUCAUCCACGGUAUUUCGUCAUCGUGCGCGGAGAUAGUUGCCUGCUUGAUGCUCACGCCCGCGGAAGUAUUGAAGCAAAAUGCGCAGGUAGUGGACUUGCAACCGGGGCAUCGAAAUGAUAAUGCCACGAUGCAGGUGAUUUCACGGUUUCGACAUCGGCACUGGAAACUGUGGAGUGGGUAUACGGCGCUGGUGGGGAGGAAUCUACCCUUUACGGGGCUGCAUUUUCCGCUUUUCGAGUAUGUCAGGUCUCAUGUGGUGGAUUGGCGAGAGCUGCGGAAAGAGCAACAACAGAGUCAUGGUGAUUGCGAAGCAGCAAAUUGGAAUCCGGUGCUGGAACGGGCUGCUUUGACCGGGUUUGCGGCUGGGGUGUCGGGGAUGACGGCUGCGGUAGUGACGACGCCUAUUGACGUGAUCAAGACGAGGGUGAUGCUGUCGGCUAGUACGGAGGAUAAUAAUGGCGGGGAUGCGAAGAAGCCACGGAUGGCAGACCGGACUAUGCUUUCGAUUGGGAAGGAGAUAUAUCGGAAGGAGGGCGUCAGGGGGCUUUUUCUCGGGGGUGCUCUUCGCGCUGCCUGGACGGCUGUCUCGCUCAGUAUGUACCUGAGUAUAUAUGAAGGGGCUAGGUUUUACCUAGAAAAUCGGCGACGAGAGAAGAAUAGGCUGGAAACGCAUUCAGAAGUUGAAAAGGAAGACGAGGCUGCCAUGUAG